AUGAGCCGCCCAAGAACUUUCUUCGACAUUACCAUUGGAGGUAAAGCUGCCGGACGAAUUGUCAUGGAGCUCUACUCCGACAUUGUCCCAAAGACUGCUGAGAACUUCAGAUGCUUGUGCACUGGAGAGAAGGGAAUUGGAAAGUCUGGAAAGCCUCUUCACUACAAGGGAAGCACCUUCCACCGUGUCAUCCCGAACUUCAUGUGCCAGGGAGGAGACUUCACCAAUGGAAACGGAACCGGAGGAGAAUCCAUCUACGGAGAAAAGUUCCCUGAUGAGAACUUCAAGAUGACCCACACUGGACCAGGAGUUCUCUCUAUGGCCAACGCUGGACCAAACACCAACGGAUCACAAUUCUUCUUGUGCACCGUUAAGACUGAGUGGUUGGACGGCAAACACGUCGUUUUCGGACAAGUUGUCGAGGGAAUGGACGUCGUCAAGGCUAUCGAGAGCAACGGAAGCCAGAGCGGAAAGCCACAAAAGACCAUCACCAUCGCUGACUGUGGACAACUUUAA